AUGUUAGUAAUCCGCAUAGGAUUACCUGUUUAUGGCCACAACGAUUUUAUUGCGGCCAUCGCGAAAGGACCCAACGGCCAAGAUACCAUCAGCCCCGAAGAAGAAGUACCAAAACCUUCUACUCUAAGUUCGGAGGUCUCUACCACCUCCUCGGCCAAACAAACGGACGGAGAAGAAAGUGAAUCGGGUAUUUCGCAAGUGGGGAAGCACACCACUGAUGUUUCGUCCCAGGCGGAAAAUCAACAGGAUUCGACUGUCUUCGCCAAGCCCUUGAAACCCUUGAGGAAAAAGAAAAUGUGCCGCAGCCUUAGCUGGCGUAAGGAUAGCUCUUUGGUGGAGACCAAUACCAUUAGUUCCACGGAUUCGGAAACGGAUAACCCAGCUAAGAAACCUCUCAACAAACUGGCGCCCAACAUGAAAAUUGGAAAUAAUGAAAAGGUCUCUCAAGAAAAGCCUUUGGAUAUGGCUGAGGGCAGCUUCAGCGAACUGGAUAAGUCCCUCAUACAGUCGGUAAAUUCGCCGAGGAAAAUUAAAUCCGCCUAUACCCUAACCGUGUGUACUUCCAUGGUGGGGAAUGAAGCUCAGAAUCAAAGGGAGCAACUUUUGCAAGCCGAUACAACAAUGAUUGGAAAUUCAGGCUCCCAUGAAAAGAAAACACCUGAACUACCUCGUUCCCUAACCGAUAGCUUCGAUCAGGGAUUUGAAACGGCCACUCAGUGUGCUCCGUUGUUUGUCAAGUUGGACCAGAAAAAGAAGUCAAGAAGUGAUGAUGUGCCUUCAAGUUUCUCAACCCCGGUGAAAUCUCUCACCGGAUCCUCGGCAGCAAUACCCUUCAAUGACUCGGGCGCAGGAGCUCGUCAACAAGUUUUCACUCCCAUUGGCCUGCCAUUAAAGCAGCAAAGGCGUCGCUCCAUUUAUGACACCGAAUCGCGAAGAAGUUCUCUGGCCAUGCAGGUGAUUCGGGAAGAUCAUCCCCUGGAACAUCAUGAGAUACAAUCACCCAGUGACUGUUCCAUGUCGCUGGAGAUACAACGCAACGAAAAAGAACGCGUCCAACUGCUCUAUGAAAUCUUUAGUCAGCGUAGCUGCGAUACCAAGGAUUUACAUUUCCGCAUUGAUGGUUAUAAAUUUGCUGUACACGAAGCACCCUCCAAUGAUGCCGAAGAUGUGGAUAUCCUGCAGCGUUUACCUCAUCAAGAAAUUCAUGUUGGCGGGCCUGGCACAAGUAAUGGCCUGGAAGGGCGCAGUAAAUAUGCCUGGUCUCACUCGAAGCCCAUACCCGUUAGCGAUCUUAUUCAAUCGGAUUUUGAAAGUGACAUAUUCGAUCAAGAGGAAACCGAAGAGGAAUCAGGACGUCUUUCCCUCUCCCACUUCGGUAGCAAUCAUUUCGAUUUAGCCUCACUGGGCGCUGAAGAUCUCAUGAUGCAGCGGAACAGUGAUGCAAUGCGUUUUAAUUCCGCUUCGUUUGGCAAGGAUUAUGAAAAUGAAUCAUUGGACCAUCUCUUCGAAGAGAAAAAGACUAACCCCUUCGUUCAGGAAAAAUCACUUCCCAUGGAUUCCGUACCCGAAAUGUUAAAUGUCCUGAAAAAACAACAUGGACGUUUGAGCUCAGUCAAGGAACAUUUAUUCCACUGCCACAAUCCCAAAAUGAUCCCCUGUGAAACUCUGGAUGUUCUGCAAGAACUCGAACGUAAUAUGUUCUUCUUCAGUCGUUAUGCCGAUAUUAGCUUGAACAGCUGCAGCAAUCCCAUGGAUAAGAUAUUGGAUGCUCUGCUCGAUCAAAGAGCGGUAUAUAUUUAG